AUGACUUUGGUGGAUGUUAGUCAAUUAAUUGACUCCUCACAAUUACAAGAUGUUCAUAAAGUCAAAGAACCUAAACUUUGUGCCUAUGAGAAACUUCUCCAAUCUUUGCAUUCUGUAGGUUCUCCCUUAUGGGGGGAUCUAUCAACCUGUGAUGUAGGAGGCUCAUCUCCUGAAAUGGACAUCAUGCUACCAAGAUUCAUUUUUGUCUUUUUUUCCUUAAACUUGAAGGACCCAGGUUUUGUGCGGAGAAUUGAAAGACUCUCUGAUACUGUGGUACAACUUGAAAGCUUUGCGGAUUCUAAAAAAGCCAGGAAUCCCCUCUACAAGGAUUAUCAUGGGUUGUUAAAUAUUAAACAGUUACCCAAACUUAAUUCCAUCAAAUGUCAAAUGCCAGAUGUAAUGGACUGGGCAUUUAAACUCAAGCGUAAAAAACUGGUGAUUGAGAAACUGCAUUUACCUCCGGAUUUGUCUGUUAGUGCCAGUCGACCUGAAGAUCAUCCAGCAACCUCAUACAGACGAACUCUUAAAGUGAAAGAAAAUAAUCUCGGACACUUUUUAAACGCUUUUACUAAAUUUGAAAGUUUGUACAUCAAUUCAGAAAUCGAUUGGGACAGCACCAUCGGACAAUUCAACGACCUUCUAUUUUGUUUUUAUUUUUAUUGUCUUUUUAGUCAAAGUUUAUAUUUUGUCUAG